GCACCAGCGCCAUCUAGUGUCUGCCCGCCGCAGGAGCCGCCACCGGAUUGGCUGAGCAGUCAGGACUGUUUACAGGAAACAUGGCUUCUCGGUCUGUUGGAGAGCUUCAGGAGAUGGAAGUGGACCGGAGGGGUGAGUCUGAGGAGUCUGGGGACGAUGAGACCAGGAGGAAGAGCACCAAUGGCACCGUGGACCCCAACCAGCCCGCUGCCACAAGUAAAGAAGAGUCUCCUGUUGACAUGGACACCAUCACUUUGGACCCAGAGGAAGAGGAUGUUGAUCUUGUUCAUUGUCGUAUUGGGAAGAUUGAAGGAUUGGAGGUGCUACUGAAAGCUAAAACACUCUCCUUACGGCAGAAUCUCAUCAAAAAGAUAGAAAACCUUGAAAGUUUGAGCUCGCUGCAUGAACUCGAUCUCUAUGACAAUCAGAUUCGCAAACUGGAGAACCUGCACAACCUCACAGAGAUGGAGCAGCUUGACAUGUCCUUCAAUAUGCUGAGGAAGGUGGAGGGUUUGGAGCAAAUGACUCAGCUGAAGAAACUUUUUCUACUUCACAACAAAAUUAGCAACAUUGCCAACCUGGAACACCUCACAGGUCUGGACAUGCUAGAGCUGGGCUCCAAUCGCAUCCGGGUCAUAGAGAACCUGGAUACUCUUUCAUCUUUGCAAAGUUUGUUUCUUGGCACCAACAAAAUAGCUACGCUUCAGAAUCUGGAGGGUUUACACAGCCUGACUGUUUUAAGCAUUCAGAGUAACAGGAUCACUAAAAUUGAGGGUCUGCAGAAUCUUGUCAACCUGAAAGAGCUCUAUCUGAGCCACAAUGGCAUUGAGGUCAUCGAGGGUUUGGAAAACAACAAAAAGCUCACAACCCUGGACAUCGCAGCCAAUCGAGUAAGGAAAAUUGAAAACAUCAGCCAUCUGACAGACCUGCAGGAGUUCUGGAUGAACGAUAAUCAGAUCGAUAACUGGUCAGACCUCGACGAGUUGAAGAACGCCAAGACUCUGGAGACGGUCUACCUUGAAAGAAACCCUGUUCAGAAGGAUCCACAGUACCGGCGGAAGAUCAUGUUGGCGCUGCCCAGUGUACGCCAGAUCGACGCCACCUUCAUCCGCUUCUAAGUGGUCAGGGUGACGAAUCACCUGCCUGCUCCGCAGUGUUCUACCCCGCCACCCUGCGCGCCCUACCUCCGGAAAACAAACUUCAUUUUGAAACACACUGGCCUCCCUGAAUCAUAUCGUCACUCCGUACACAAAUACACAUUCCAACAUUCACCCAUGGCUCACUCGACAUACAUGUGUGCACUCAUUCACACCUUGGCCGAUGCCUUUGGGAGGAAGCUUAUUUAUUUCUUGAGCUGGAGAUGAACUGUGAGAAGGAUAUCAAAAAGGUACCCCCCAUGCCCAUUUCCUCUGCACCGUUUGUUUUUGUUUUAUUGUUUUGCAUGUGAGAUGACGUAGGGAGACAUAUGUCCUCAAUCAUUCAGUGCCCAUCAGGAAAACCAGAUAUCAGUCUUCUUCAUGACAUUGUUCAGGUUGGUUGCACUGCUAUUAUAUGAGAAGAAAGAGUGGCUUUCUUAGGGUUUGAGGGAUUUUGUUUGCGAGUUUAUUCUUUUUGGUUGGACAGGGUGGGACUCUUCUCACGAGGUGCACAGGGAGUAAACAAACAAUUGAACGCACAAACACAUUCAACGGGGAAGUCCCUAAGAGAAUAUAAUUAACAAAAUGUAGUCGUCAGAAUGAAGUAAUUGCUUAACUUUACUGCUACAGCAGCAUCUAAGACGAGGCCUAACGCAUCACACUGACACCAUGUAGUUCAGUGCAGUGGCUCCUGCUGACAUCUGUCUUUUGAAGGAAAACAAUGUUUUAAUAAACUGGUAUCAUUACUGAUGAAGGGCAAAUCUUGAUCUCUAUGCCUUUUUUUAUAUUUUACAGCCCAUUCUGUGAUUAACAAGAGUGAUCUUUGCAUUAAAACACAGCUCAUGAGAAUGUAAAAAUAAUUUAAUGUGCCCAUAAA